AUGGAAGAAGAUAUAAUUGCUGAGGAAGAGCUGCCGUUGUCAGAACAAAUUUUCAGCAUUUGUAAUUCGCUUGGAGGGUAUGAACGAGUUAUAGGACCUAAUAAUAAGAUCUCUAAGAAGUAUUAUUUAGGAGAUGAAUGCUUAGAUAUGAAAGAAAUCCUUCGAUAUGAGGAUCGCACAGCUCUUGAAGUGUAUUGCGAAUUUUGGCGGUUAAAGGUUUUAGAAAAGGAUUUGAUUCCUAUAAUCAUGAUAAAUAGUGACCCUAGUGAUAGUACACAAAGCAAUUUAACAUUGGUUUGCAUUCAUAUGACAUGGCCACUUGAUUUAGCACCUGAAAUUGAUAUUUUGGAUGAAGAUGAUAUUGAUAUUUCACAAAUUGACCGUGCGACGAAGGAACGUGUAAAAUCGCAAUUUGAUUAUAAAGCAAUAUUUGUACAAAACCCUGAAACGCUAAGGAUAAUACAUGAUUUCCUGAAAUCGUUUCUAUCAAUGGAAAAACGUGAACGUACACAAAAGGACAACACGAAUAUACGUCUUCUGCUGCAUUUAUUCCGAAAUUUGAUAGCUAUUAAAGACCUAGAAGAUCACAACAUCCCGAGAACUACUUUACAGAAUAAAUUAAUUAUUUUGUACGAAAAAGAAGGGAUUUUUGGGACUCUUUUUAAACUUGUUUAUGAUCAUAAAGAAUUGCCACAAUGGGAUAUGUUAAUUCAAGAGAUAUUUUAUCAUGUCUUUUAUGACGUGGUACCACAGUUCUUACUGAAAGAUCCCAAAGAGGAAGCAAAAAUAAGAGCAGAAAAAUUAUUAGAGGAAGAACUAAUUAAAAAAUCUAAAAAUCAAAAUAAAGACACUCGAUAUAAUGGAUCUGUUUGGAUUAAAGUGCCACCAGGAAAGGAUUUAACUAUUCACAAACGAGAUGGAGUGCAAGGAAAUGGGCCAAAAGUUUUGGAUAGUCUCAAAAAGAAAAAAUAUCAGAAAACAUUGCUUUCAGAUGAGCUCGACAAAAAAAGAAGAAACUCUAUUAUUCAUGAUCAAGAAGCACAUCGAUGUUUAAAAUCAACUGCGGUUCGGUUCUUUACAAAAACGUUUAAUGCAUUGAUUGUUUCUGUGAGAAAAAAAUUCGAAUCUUUGCAAGAUGACCGACCUCAACAAUCAGUUCACUUUUUCUAUAUAGUGUGGUUUUUCCUAGAAUUUCGAAAUCUUUUACAAUGUAGUACGUUCUCCACAGAGGCAGAAGAAUUGGGGCUUGAAGAUCCAUAUUACAAUUUUGAGCUCGUCUGCGCUAUCAUGGACUAUGAAGGAUUCCUAUUUGUGUUUGAAAAGAUCUCGGUUUUUAGAAAGGAAAAGCGAUGGUCAGAUUUACAUUUUGGAUUAGAUUGCUUGAAACAAAUGUUAUUAACUGCACAAGCAAUGAAAAGAUUCGACGAUAGACCUGUGCGUUACAAAGCAGAAUAUAUACUUAAUAAAAUUUACUACGAGGAAGAAAAUUUGGGAAUGAUGAUGUUACUUGUUAGAGAAUUUAAAGAGCAAUCAUUUGGGCAAAGGCUUGAAAGUUGCUCAGAAACCACAUUCGAGAUUGAAGAAAUUUCAAGAACAAGGCCGAGAACAAGUUUUGAAAUGGAGGAAAAAUACCAAGAUACAGAUGAUUAUGAUGAAGUUAUAGAAUAUGUUAAAGUAAAUAGGGAAAACUCUAAACAACACAAACUUGUUUUUGAAGAAUAUCAAAUGUGUUUUGUUAAUGAAUCCAUAAUAUCGACAUAUUGCUCCUUGUUAGAAUAUUACGAGACAAUCGACUCUGAAAGUCUCUACCAUAUAACCACGGCAUUUCAUCGAAUCAUUGUUCGUUGUUCAGCUGAUACUAUCUUUUUUAAGCUCUCCAUUUUGGAACUUUUGAAUCGUAUAUCAAUCUAUUUCGAAGGAUUACAAACACUGACAUCUUCGCAAAAAGAAUUCAAAGAUUUUAUUAGACUUAUAUCAGAAAGUUUUUUUGAUUAUGCUGAGAAGAACGAUUUAAUGUACUGCGAGGUUUUUUGUCCCAAAACCGCACAGAAUUGGAAAUGCUUGAAAUAUGGAUACGAUUACUCUGAUAGAUCAAAGAAAAGAUCCGACGUCUCUAGCGAAAAAUUAAAUUCAUCGGAUGAACUUGAUGAGACAGCCAUAGAAGAACCAAAGUCAAAAAGAAGGAAGAAAGACAUAUCAGAAUCGAAAUUAAAAAGAAAGGAAAAUGACGAACCAACAUUAGAGCACCUGGAAGAUUGCGAAAUAUUAUCCGAUCAAACUAAUGAGUCGGAUUCUUUAAGUGAAGAAGAAUUUCCCAGGAAAAUUAAAUCCGCAGAGUUCAUUGAUGAUUCUGAUAUGGAAAUUGACGAAGAAAAACUAAUCGAAAGAAACAAAAUAAUUAACGAAAGGAACGACAAAAAGUGGUUUGAAGUACUGCAAGAAUUUGCUGAUUUAAGUGACAGUUAG